AUACCCAACCCUGUUUCUUAAGUGUUUUGUUGUAUGUACUACGCGAUGAAUUUUCCUGGCUGUUUUAUGUAGUGAAAAAGCGCAGAGAUGCCUACGAAAAGUGGUGUAAAUAGUGCAAUAGGUGUAAAAGUUGCGUUUUCCGUUGUGUGCAUGUGAAAAGGAUUGCUGCAAUUGGCGGGAAAAGUGUCGUGAGAAAACCCCAAGUUUGCAGACGCAUCCAUAAAAGACUUGCAUUGUUGUUGUUGGGAAAUGAGACAUGCGUGAAACAUUUUGAGGUAAUAGUUUCCAUCGAAAACUAUAAACAUCAACUUCCCAGCGGGACCACUACAAGCAAAUGGCGUCAGAAAAAGAUGCAUUCCGCUGUGUUGACGACCCCAAUUUCGCGAUUGUUUGUGCAUUUCUCGAGAAAUUCGCCCCAAUCUGCGGUAUUGAGCAUCCCGAUGUCCAGGAGAUGCAAACAAUGCUCGAAAACACGGAGGAGGAAGUUGGGCCAGAAUUGAUGGAUUUGCACAUAAAGUUGAUGCGAAAGACCAAGUAUACAGUACGUCCAGAUAGAUGGGAGCGGUCUCUAGUUAAAUUCACCCAUUCCUUCUCCAAUGUCGAUGCUUGGGAGCUCGAGAAGUUUGGCUACAAGAAAUUGAGACUUCCUGUCCGUCUGAGGAUACUUAAGGCCCUCUUGGAAUGCCAAUUUGACUCAAAUGUUCGUUUUAAAACGGCCGUUAAUGGUAUAGCAGCGAAUGAUCUACGACCUCAGCCACUGGGACGUGACAAGGAGGGCAACGCCUACUGGAGUACUCUGGAUCAACGGUGCAACCUACGGAUCUAUCAGGAGCACCUCGACGAAGAGACGUGGCGCGUCGUGGCCACAAGUCGCGAUGAAUUAGUCAAACUCAUUGCUAUUCUCAAUGGCAAUGAACCCAUUGUGCCCAAUCUCGAGGGAUUAGUGGAUGAAGACAGUAGCAGCAAUAGCAAUGGGUUACUCCUCAAAGGCGAGCAUGUUCUCGUGAAGCAGGAUUCCAAUUCCACAUCCCUCUCCGAUGAUGCACUCCUGCCCAAGAAGAAAUCUCAAGAAACUGGCAAAUGUGAAGCUGCCCAAGAAGAUUCCAAUAAAGCAGUCAAUGAUAAAGCUGAGACAACUGCGAUGAAAGCUGAAGAAUCAAAUGAAAAGGACGCAACAGAAGAAGAGAGUAGUGAUGAAGAAGAAAUGGAGGAAUUUAAAGAAGAAAAACCACCAGAACCACCUGAAAAAAUUCCUCCUAUAAAACUCGGAGGACUUAAGAAUAAAUUCAACAAACCCUCAUUGGUGUCGUCCUUUGCGAAGAAAGAAGUGAAAACAAGUUCAAGGAGUCAACGAUAUAGUAGAAGAUUGGCAGGCAGUGUAAAGGAAGUUGAGGAAGAGAAAUUCUCCAUUCCAGAUACGGUGCUCAAGAGGCCAAAACGCGAACGUCUCACAUUGCUUGGAAAAUCGAAUAUAGAGAAAAUUAAUAAAUUCAAAAAGAUGGAUUCAAAGAGGAAUCCCAUCAUUGAGGAAAAUGACUCAGAGGAGCAAGAUGACUCAGAUGAAGGAGAAGAAGAAGAAGAGGCAGAGGGCGAAGAGGAAGAGGAUGAAGAAGAAGAAGAGGAAGAAGAGGAGGAGGAUGAAGAAGAGGAAUACAGUGAGGCAAUUGAGGAGAAAUUAAUGAUUGUGAAAGGUGCGGGUAGUGGAAGAGACUGUGAGGGUGGUAAUCCCACUUUUGAGUGCAGUGAAGUGAUUGUGGAGGAGACAAUGUACAUUCAGGGCGAAGGGAGUGGUGUUGACUGUGAUGUGGGAAACACAAAGGACGACGAAAAGGGUCCUGAAUCAUCUGGAUCGAAGCCCAUGUUCUUCUUCGGUCAACCUGGAUGCCUAAAACUCAGUCCAAUGAAACAGGGCGUCAGCAUGGAAAUUGGCUUUGGUGAGAGACCACCAGUAGAUGAUGUAACAGCUGAAAGGAGUUCGGUAAGUGAUUCAAUAAAUGACCAAAAAGAAAAUUGCACUGAUAUUGUGAAAAAUGAAGAAAGUUGUUCAGAAGGAGAAAUAAAGGAAUCAAAUAAAAUUAGCGAAUUGACAGAGGAAGCUUGUAAAGAUAUUGAGAUGAAUCCUCUGAAUGAUUGUGGGGGUUCUCAAGAAAAUAAAUUAAAUAUUGAAACAGAAAGUAGAGAAGAGCAACAUGCCACAAAUGAGAUAGAUCCAAAAGAAGGAACUUCAAAUCAAAAAGAUCUUGAAGUUGAAACAGAAGGCCUUACUAAAUUGUGUUCUAUUCCAUCAUUAGAAACACAAAUUGAAAAAAUUGAUACUGAUUCAAGUUUUCAAGGAAAGUUAAUUGAAAAUGCUUCUGAAGAUAUGAAAAUUGAUGAUUUAGAAGAACAAGAAGCAUCACAAGGUAUAUCACAGGUAGAUAUUACUGAUAAAUCGCUAAGUACUGAAAAGCUUUUGGUUGAAGAGAACGAAGAGACAAUUGAAACAAUAUCAGAGAGUAAAAAAAUUGAAGAAAUUACUGAAAGUAGUGAUUUGAAUGUCAAAGAAGAUAAUACAAUUGAAAAAACAUCCGAAGAGUUGCAAAAAGAUCCUAAUGAAGAUGAAUUUGAAGCAUCCACUAGCCAGCCAUUAGCACAAGUUCCUGAGCAAUUAACAAUUGAAGAUAUUAAAGAAAAUGAGCAACUUGAUGAAUCUAAAGAAUCAAAUAUUGUAAUUGAAGACACUUUGGAUGCUUCAAAUUCAUUACCUCAUGAAGAUCUUGCUGAACCAACAAAUCAAUCAAUAGAUUUUCAUGAAAAACCACAAGAAUGUGGCAAAGAAACUGAAAUUUCUGAUAAAACUUACGAUUCACAGAGUUUAAAUGUAGAGAAAAAGUCCUUUGAAGAUGUUUCUUCAGAGGAAGAUUCUCAGACAUUUUUGGACUACGAUGAAAAAGUUCAAAAGACCAUGGGAAAUGUAGAAGAAAAGCUUUCGAAAGAUUCUGUUGGUAGUGAAAAGCUUUCGGAAAAUUUAGAUGGAGGAGAAAUAUCGUCUAAGAAUUUAGAUAGUGUAGAAAUGUUUUCUGAGAAGUUAAAUAAAGGAGAGAAUUUCCCAAGAAAUGUAGAUAUAGAAGAAAAUCCUUCGAUGGAUUUAGAAUUUGCGGGAAAAUGUCAAAUGGAGGUGGAUGUUGAAGAAAAAUGUUCAAUGGAGGUUGAUUCUGAAGAGAAGUCGAUGUUGAUUGAGGCAAAAGAAGAAAAAAUUCCGGUGGAUGCUGCUUCUGAGGAAAAAUGUUCAAUAAAUGAAGGAACCGAGUCAACAAGUGGGCCAUCAGCGGACUUAACAAGCGGACCGUCAGCAAAAGAGCUAAUUGAAUCAUCAACAGAAUCAACAAAUGAGCCAUUAAAAGAAGAAACAAAUGAACCAGCAGAAGAACCAUCAAAUGAAGAAUUAAAAGAACCAUCAAAUUUACCUCUUUUAGAAGAGAAAAUUCCUUCAAAUCUGGAAUUAGAAGAAAACUGCGAAAUCAAAGAAAAUCUUCAAGAAAAUUUCCCAUUAGAUGUGACAAUGGAAGAAAAAUAUUCAAUGGAAGUAGAUUCAGAAUCUGCAUUGGGUGUAAAUGAAACAGAUAGAUGCCCAAUGGAUGUAGAUCCGGAAGAAAAAUCUCUGUUGAUUGCGGAUUCAGAAGCAAAAGAAAGCUCAUUGAAUCAAGAGUCUAAAGAGGAGGAGAUUUCUGAAGAAAAGGAUUUAAUUUCAAAUGAAAUGGAAGUUGUUGAAAGUCAAAUAACAAAUUUAUCCGUUGCUACCCCUGAAGAAGUCAAGACUUCCGAAUCAACGAGUACUUUUGUGGAUGAAAAAAGCUGCGAUGAAACACAAGAAGAAACUCACGAACUUGAAAAAUCUGAAGAGAUUAAUAAAGAUCAGGGAGAGUUUUCAGGAACAGAAGAAUUAUUGCAUGUUGAAAGAAAAGAAGAGUCUUCUUCAACUGAGGCUGUAAAAUCUUUAGAAGUUUUUGAAGAACAAGAAGAGUCAGUAAAAUUAUUGGAGAGUGAAAGGGAAGAAGAUUCCUCUUCAGCUGAGGUACCAAUUGAAAAUUCUAUGGAUGUGGAAAUAAGUGUUGAAGGAAGUAGUAAAGAUGUUGUGGAUAAAUCAGACACAGCUGUUAUUGAUAACUUCCACAUGAGUAGUGAAAAAAUUCCAGAAGAUAUUGUUCCAAAAGAAAAAUCUGAUGUUGAUCCAGAGGAUUCAGAAAAGGAUACUCCUGUUGAGGAAAGGUUACCAAUUGAAUCACCAAAAGAGCUAGCAGAUGAGCUACUGCCAGAAACAACCACUGAAGAACAAUUGGAACCAACAAUUGAAGCAAUAAAUGAGCCACCAACAGAAGAAACAAAUGAGUCGUCUGAAGUAGUUGCAAAAGAGCCAUCAACAACAGUAACGGAUGAACUACCAGAAGAAGAAGAAGCAAUUGAGCUACUAAAAGAACUAUCAGAUGAGCUAAUAUUUACACCAUCAACGUCUCAAACAGAAUCAAUAAAUGAACCACAACCAGAAUCAUCAGCUGAGAUACAAAUUGAGGCAUCAUCAAAAUCAUUAGAUGACUUACAAACGGAAUCAAUGACUGAGCUGCCAAGGGAAGAAAUAAGUGAUCCCCAAGAACAAGAGGCAAGUGAGUCAGCAAGAGAACAAUCAACUGAGAUGCAAUUAGAACCACCAACCGAAUCAAUAAGAGAACCUCUCACAGAUUCAAAAAGUGAAGAACAAUUUGAACCAUCAAAUGAGGCACCGCCUGAAGAAUCGUUUCAAGAACCAACCCCUGAUGAACAACUACCAGAGCCUCCAACUGAUUUAUCGCUUCAAGAGCCAUCAUCUUAUGAAUCUUCAUCACAAUCUCAGCCCUUAACUCAAAUGGAUGUCGAUACAAUUGAAGAAAAUAAAGAUAUUGCAGAAGAAUCAAACACAUCCUUCCCUGGGAGCAUUCCAAUGAGUCCUGAAAAUUAUUUAGAUGACGUUGAAAGUCAAAAAUCAAACGACGAAAAUGAAAAACAAGAAUUUUCUUCUCAAGAGAAACCCAUUGAGGAAUCAAUGGAGACAGAAAGCACUGAAAAAAGCAAAGAGAUUGAAGAUGGACCAAACACAGUAUUAUUUGAAAACUUACCAUCAACCUCAAGUGAAAUUUCAAGAAUCUCAACAGUUGUUGGUGAAGAAAUUGAGAAAAGUAUUGAAUCUGAGAAACUGGCAAUUUCAGCUGAAGAAAUGUUGCCAAUUGAGCCAACAUGUGAAGAUGUUGAUGAAAGCAAAAAUAAUGCAGAUACCGAAGAAAUAUCAAAUAUUGCUUCUGUUGAUAAUCUUUCACCAGAUCCUUCAAUGGAUGAUAUUCCUAUUCAUAAGGAAAAGUCUGAAGAUCCCGAAUUGGGUCAAGAAGACCUUUCUACGAAAGAAGAUCAAUCGCAUGCCCAACUUAUGGAUGUGGAGGAGAAUUUAAUUACAACAGAAAGCUCAAAUGUAAUAAAUUUAUCAGAGAAUAAAAUUAUUGAAAGUGAGAAAAUCGAAGAAGAUUUUGAAUUGGAAGAAUCAGAGAUUCAGAGCAAAGUAGAAGAAACUCCUGGUGAUUUGUCUCUUGUACCUACAGUGCCUAAGAUUAUGGAGGUUUUUUCGAUGGCACACAAAAGCACAGAAGAAGACUCACAAGGAGAUUCUUCGGAGUUUAUUAAUGAGUUACCUACAACGGGAAUUCCAGUAAAAUCUGUUGAAAUUCAAUCUGAAUCUGCAGUUGAUGCAGAGGAAACAAAAGAAGUAAAAAUUGAAGAUUUUUCACUUCAAGAAAAUAGAGAAAAUGAAAUUGAUAGCAUGGAGUGUUCAAGUCUAAUUGAUAGAAUUACGGAAAGUCUUGCAGAUGAAGAUGAAAAGUCCCAAAUUGACGAAGAAUCAAAAAAUAAAGAUAUUGAAAAUCAGAAAAUUGAUAAAGAUGUUUCUUAUUCUGAAAAUAAAAUUAUUUGUGAAGAAGAAAAAAUAGAACAAGGCUCUCUAGAAAGGAAUUUAGUUGGUACCUCGAAGGCUCUUGAAUCUGUUCGACAAAUUGACAGCAUAAGCAUAAAUCAAAUUGCUGAAGAAUCAUCCACAACAUCUGAAAAUAUUGAAUUUAAGUCACAAGAAGAGGCGCAAAUUUCUCAAGUUAAAGUAGAUGCUGAAGAAAAAGAAUUCUUGAGCUGCGACGAAAAAGUUAAGGAAGUUGAUUCUGUUGAUGAGUUCAAAGAUACAGUUGGGGAAGCACCUGAAAAAUCUCCAGCAGAAAAUUUCCCAAAGACUGAUGAUGAAUCUCUCAGCAAAGCCGAUCAACAAUCUUUGGAAUCAGUGGCACCUGCAGUCAUAGAAAGCAAACCCAUUGAAGCAGAAAUUGCAGAAAAUUUCUCGGAAGUUCCAGAAGAUCUAUCAAAGUCACCAGAAAAGAAAUCUUCAGAAUUACCUCCUAAAUCGCCAAUUACAAUGCAUAAAAGUGCAGGAGAAUUUUCCAAGGAAUUUCUGGAGCCAACAAUGUGCCUACAAGUUAAACCAACAUUGCCUGAAAUUUCAUGCGUUCCUAUGGAAAUUGAAGAGUCUCCUGCGGCCCAGAAAAUAGUCAUUCCGGAAGUGGCAGCUGCAACUAUUUUACUUCACGAUAAAACGAAAGAAGCAUCGAGUUCGAGUGAUUGCACCCCGAUGGAAUUGGAAGUUGACAUAGAGGAAGAAGGCAAAGUUACUUCAGCAGCAUCUCAGCCUAUUUUCUUUGGCGAAGUUCAAGAUCUAUCCAUGGCUAAGGGUAGUACGACGAAGAAAGCUUCCAAGCUCCAUGACAAUGUACCAAUGGAAAUAGAAUUAGAAGAUUCUUCGAAAAAAUUAAGAGAAAGCAGUGAAAUUGUGCUAAAUCCCCCUAAUCAGCAACUAAUUGUGGAAUCUUUAAAUAUUUCUGAGACUAAGAAGAGGAAACCAACAAAAAUGACUGCAUAUGAGAGAAGACGUGCAAUGCAGGGAACAAAAUCUUCCAUAUCAGCAGUUAUUGAUCGGAUAAAGGCGAAAGAAAGUGAAUCUCAAGGAAUACAAAAUUUAAAAACUCGCAAAGGAAUUCAAACGAGAAUUGAGUCAACUAGAGAAUUAAGUCAAACGACUGAAGUUACUGAACUUCAAGAACUUAAAACGGAUGGGAAAAUACAAGAAAAAGAAACUGAUGCCAAGAAACUCACAGAAAUCAAGGAUAAAGUUACUUCUCAUGAACCCAUAGAAAAGGCGACUAAAGAAAGCGAAAAUAUUUCCGUUAAAAUAGACAAUAAUAAUGAAAAGAAAAUUGCAGAGAGUCUAGAGAAAAUGGAAAAAACAGUUUUACCGGAAGAAAAAUCACAACCUCAGUCAACAGCAACUAUUCCAGAAUGUCCUAAAAUUGAGAAAGAAUCCCCGGAAAAUAGUGGUUUGUCUAAAAAGAGAAAAAUAUCCGAAGAGAAAAUCACGCCAGAGAAAAUCGAGGGUAAAAGAAUUAAAGCAGAAGAACAAAAGGAUAUAAAGGGUGUAGAAGUAAAAACAGUCACCCCGGAGAAGAGUGAUGAGAUAUUGGAUUCUGGCAAUGAAGAGGAAAAUAUUUCAAUACUUGAAAUGGCAAGGAAGACAAGAGGAAGGAAAGCACAAGUGGAAAAGAAGCGAAAGGGACGAAAUGAAGCAAAAACAUCAAAGGAAGAGGAAGUUGUUAGUAAAAUGGAGACAACAGAGAAGGAUGAAAGUGAGCAUCAAGUCCAAAUUUCACCAAAAGCCAAGAAAAGUGAUAAAAAGAGGGAAACUGAAGAAUUCAUUGAUCCCGAAGAUACAAGUAAGAAAGAUUUGAAUGAAGAAAAAGUGGAGGAAGGAAGUAAAUCAUCACACAAGUCCAUCCUUAAUUUAUCAAUGGACUAUGAGCCACCAGCAACAAUUAUAAGACUUGGGCGAAAAACACGUGGAAGACGUCCUGUUGAAGUUGAGGAGGUGGAGCAGGGUAAAUUGCAAUUGGAGGAUGUUAUUCCAACGGCUAAAAUUGAUAAGAAAUCUUCAGCAGCUGAGGGAAAAUUGAAGAAAGCUGAUGUGCCCAGUAAAACGGCUGAAAAUGAAGAAUCAAAUCAAUUUGAAGAUUUAAUACCUGUUGCUAAAAUUGAUAAGAAUAAAAUUGUAGCUGAGAAAGAGAAGGUUGAGGCAAAGGAAGCAGUUGUGGAGAAGAAGCCUUAUAGCGGUCGUGGCAGAGGGCGAGGAAGAGGUCGAAGAGCGGGGACUUUAACCCGAAGAUUGGGAUUGGAAAUUGAUGAUACUGCUGUAAUUGAUGAUACCGAAUCCGAUCAACCGACUGUACGACAAUCGCGACGAAUUGCCCAGCUGAAGAUUAGAGAAGAGGCUGAAAGGCGGAAAAUGGAAGAGGAAGCACUGGAGAAGAUGAAACAGGAAGCUAUUAGGAAGAAGAAACAGGAACAGGAUGACUAUGUGCCUUCAGCUACAUCGGGAAGUGAUGAAGAAUACAAAGGGAGUGUGGAGAAGAAGAAGAGAGGCCCAAAGAAGAAGGAUUCAAUGAAAUGGCAUUCAGGCACGGGAACAUCUGAGAGUGAGGAGAAAGAUGAGGAGGAAGAAGAGGAUGGAUUGGAGCCAGAAUACGUUGGAUCGCCACUCUUUAAAUCAGAUCACGAAUUCUCACCUGAAAGUGAUCUUGAAGACGAUAGUUGGGUACCCACAAAAAUGGCUAGAACAGUUAAAAAGGAUCCUGAAGAUGUACUUGAUGCAAAUCCUGAGCAUGCGUGCCAAAAGUGUCGGAAGCACGAUCAUCCUGAAUGGAUUUUGCUCUGUGAUAGUUGCGACAAGGGAUACCAUUGCUCCUGCUUGAAGCCCGUGUUGUUUGUUAUUCCCGAAGGUGAUUGGUUUUGUCCACCGUGUCAGCAUGCAAAAUUACUGGAGAAUCUCAAUGCGAAACUCAGUGAACUCGAUGGUUUGAUUGAGGAGAAAGAAAAGGAAGAAUUGAGAUUAGCACGAUUGGCAUUCAAUGCAAUCUCAACGGAUAAUAUAAUCAAAACUGAGGAGCCAGUACGUGAAAAAUCACGCAGCUUGAGUCGAAGUAUGAAAGCGAAAUCAUCUUCAUCCUCCGACGAUAAUAGUUCAGACAAUGAACCCAUUUAUAAAUUGCGCAAGAGACGACAGGCAAAUGUGAGCUAUCGCUUCAAUGAGUACGAUGCACUCAUCAAUUCAGCAAUUAAAGAUGAAAUUGCCGUGAUGGAGGAUGGAUUUUCGGCAUUUGAGGAAGAGGCACAUGUUACAGGUGCUGGAAAUCUCGGCCGUGGUAAAGACAUAUCGACUAUAAUUGAGGCAGAUAAAGAAGAAAAAUUGCGACAGUUGGAAGCACGAAAAAUCGCCAAAACAGACGAGGCAAAUUCAAAUAGGAGCGCCUCCGAAGAUGAAGCUCAAGCUGAUAAGAAUGAUGAGAGCAGUGAUUCAGAAAUAAUUCGCCCGAGGAAGAAGAUAGUGCAGAUAAAGAAGAAGAAAAAACUCAAUACUCUCGAUGUUAGCUCCGAAGAUGAUGGGUCUGAUGAGGAUUUCGAGGAAUCAUCACCUGAUUCGGAAGAUUCAGCUGAAUCCAUGAGUAGUGGCAGUGAGAAUUCAAUGGAACUCGAGUUGUUGCGCAAGAAGAAUAGCAAAGCUGGAAUACUCACACGAAGAUCAGUAAGAUCGCGGCAUAAAGUAUACGAUGAAGACUUUAUAAAUGACGAUGAUUCCGAUGAAGCUGAACCACCACCACCGAAGAGGAAGAAGAAAAAGGAAGAUUCUGAUUUUUCGGACUUUGAUUCAGAUGAAACUGAUGAAGAUGAGGAGGAUAUUGAUAGCGAUGAUUUGUGCGAUGAUUCAGAUUCGGGGAGUGAUACGAGUGAUUGGAGGUCACGCAGGAAGAAGGCACCACCAAGGAAACCACCAGGAAAGCCCAGCGAUAAGCUAGCAAUUGCCAAGAAGAAGCCAAAGAAGAAGGAUGAUGAUGAUGAAACGCCCUACAGGACGGGAUCGAAGAAGAAAGCCGUCAACGUCCUGAAAUCCGAUGAUGAGCAAGAGAUGACACGGAGAACUCGAGGGAAGAAAAUUAACUUCUUGGAAGAUUACUACGAUGAUAGUUCAGAUGAUGGUAUUAAACCCGGUGUGAAGCGUCCUGACACCCCACCAGAGGAGCGGGAGAAAUUCAUAAAGAAACAGGAAGAGAUUAAGAGGAUGCUGGCUGCGAAGAAUACGGAAGGAGCAAAAGAAAUUGCAACACCUAAACUUGAACCUCUUGGUUUGAAACCAGCUGAAUUUGGUGCUCUGUAUCCUGAACCGACGUCUCCGGCUGCGGAUAUGGCUCCUGGAGUUAUUCCAUCGGAUUCCAUUUCAACAAUCCCCCUGCAAGUUAUCCAAACUGCCAAAGCUUUGGACGUUGAUUUGCAUCACAGGGCAAAGGAUAGUGUUGACUACACUGAACCACCACCUGUAGCUGUUGCUCCACCGGCGAGUGGGGAUUUUAAUCCGGAAGAUAUGAAUGAGGAGGAACUCGCAAGGAUGAUGGAGGAUGAAUCAUUUGCACAGCAACAGCUUAAACUUGCCGGUGAGGCGAUACGAAAUAAAAAACUCCGAGAAGCUGAAAUAAAUCGAAAAGCUGAGGGAAAAGAGAAACUCGGUGCUUUGAGUGCGGGGGUACUUCCUACACCUCCCAUAGCUGUUCCUGUGUACACACCACCCGCACGUUCCAUUGAGCCACCGUCAGUUCUUCCGGAACAAGCACAAAUGCUUCCGGGUCAAGUGAGAAUUCCUGCUCCGCCACAACUUGGGCCCAAUCCACACAUAAAUCCUCUGCAGCAUCCAGUGUUGAGACCCACAGUUCCGAUGCCUUUCUCCCCUGGACCCAUGCAUAUGCCACCACAAAUGCCACAGCAUCAGAUGGAUCCACGUGCCGCUGAGGAUUUAGAUCAUGCAGUGAAACUGACAAAGGCUGGGCUGGUGCCAAAGAAACGCGGGAGGAAAUCAAAGUUGGAACUUCAGGCAAUAGCUGAGGCAAAAGCCCGCGCAGAUGUUCCUCCGUAUUUCCAUGGAGCACCUGCAGGGCUUCCUACGGGACCACCUGGGGGUCCUCCUGUGCCUCUGCCAACUUCACAUCCACAGGGAGCACCUCCUGGACCGCAUCUUCAGGCACCAAUUCCACCAUCUACAUCUCUACCCCCAAUGGCACUUCCGCCAGUUUCACAUCCAACCACAUCUCAUGUGGCCAACAUGGAACGUCCAUCAGUUCUUCAGGCACCCAAUGCCAUUGUUACAGCUGCUGGAGAGCCCAUAAUUCCCACCACAGUGCUGUCCGUGCAGGGGAAUCCAGCAGCUGAAAAGGGGGAUCCAGAUAGUGCAAAGAAACGCGGCAGGAGGAAAAAGAUAACGCCACUGAGAGACAGUAUUCCCGGUGGGCAACACACCACCAUCACAGCAGCUAUGAAAGUUGAUACAGAACCAACAACAUCCAAUCCCAUUCUUGCUGAGAGGCUGGAAACACCCCCAACAACAGAUUCCAGCAAGAAGGCAACACCCCCUCAACUCUAUCCACCAGGAAGUAGUGGUGGUGGUAAUAUUUUAUCAAGAUUGCAACAACAAAUGCGACCAUUGCCAGGAUCUUUUGGUGCUCAAGGCUUACCCGGAUCGCGAUACUUCCCUCCACCUCAUCAUUUGGGACAUGGAUCACUCAAUAUGAGCCUCCAUCAUCUACGUGCAAACUUUGCAGGGACACCCACAACAUCUGCACCUGGGAGUGCAAUUAAUAAUGGAUUGGGGGAGAGACCACCAGGAAUUUAUGGGCCACCAGAUCAACGUGGCGUUGCAGGACCUCAUGGACUUUUUAGAGGGCCUGGACCAAUGUAUCCUCCGGGUCAUGGUUACCAAGGUCAGCAAUCAAUGCUGCACCAUCAACUUCAAUCACUGGAUCCCUCAAUUGGGAUCCGGGCAUCACAUCCACAAGAGUAUCAGAGUCCGUAUUUGCCACCACAAUUUGGAGGAUUCUACGCUCCUUCAUCCCAAACAGCUCCACAGUCCCAGACAACACCGACGACAACAUCAUCAGUGCCUGUCACAACUGCUGCAACAUCCACACCACCUGUUGUAACUGCAUCCACGGACGAUCCGCCGGCCACAACGUCUGCACCGGCUACAACUACAGCCGCCCCAGCGCCGCCGUACAGCCAAUUUGAGACGCUGAAAUCCUCAUCACCGCACGAGAAUGCCCCGCAUAGCUACAGCAAUUCACCGGCACACGUCGAAGCGGGGAGUACGAGUGAAUUUAGUGGUCUUGUCAGCUACUUUAGUUCCCAACAAGAUGAUCUGGAGUCAUAAAAUAAACGAAGAAGCACCUCCCAGACAUUCGCACGUGCAGCAUAAAAAGCUCUCUCAUUGCCCAAGAAGGUUGAGUGAGUAAAAUCAAGAUGAACUGAGGGAUUAAAGUGGGGGUAAGUAAGAUGAUCUUCUGUAAAUAAAUAAAUGUUUUACUGGGAAAUGUUUUCUCUGCAUAAGAGGAAAGAAAAACGGACAAAAAUUAAUUUAUUUAUGCAAAAAAAAUCAUGCGUUGUACAUAAAUUUUAAAGAAGAAGAAAGAAAAUUCAUACCAUUAUUUAUACAUAGUUUAAGAAUUUUAUUAUUGACAUAAAAUAAAUUUUAAUAUGUUUCUACGGAUUUAGAAGAAGAAAGAAGAAGUAUACCAAUAAUUAAAUGAAAAUGAAUCUGCGGCAAAAUUUGAGAGAAUAGAAUAUUAAUUUUCUUUUGCAAAAAGAAUAUCGUAGAAAAUAGAAUGAAAAAAAUUUAAAGAAAAUUAAUUGAAAAGAAAAAUUAUUUGUAGAUGAAAUAUUUUAGAAAUCCCGUCCAAUCUCUUGAAUGUUAAAAGAAAAGGAUAUUAAGCAAAAAAAAAGGAAUUGUUUAAGAAGAUUGGACAAAAUUGAAAGAGAACGUCUUUCAAUGAUUUAAAUCAAAUUGAAAAGAUUUUUUUCUUUUGAAAAUCUUUUACUUAUUUUUAGAAUUAAAAAAAAAUAUAUUUUUGCAAAAGUUUCGUAUUUUCUUUUUCUCAAUUUAGGGCCUAAAAUAGAACUAUACGUUUGAGUGUACUUUAUCUUAUUUAUUUAACAAGAAAGAAAAGAAAAUUUUAUGUAGUAGAUUUUAGUAAAUUAAAUGCAAUUCCUACGUUGAGUUGGAGAAAAUAAACAAAAUAAUAUUAGUCAAGAAUACUCUAAAAUUUAUUUUUUAAUUAAAUAAUUAAUUUUUAUCCCAAAAUAUGGAUUAAAAAAACAUCACAAUUUGCAUAAAUUUUUCGUUACAAAAAACUAUAUAUAUCGAAGAUGAAUAUAAAAGAAAAAUAUGACUUAAUGAAAGAAAAAAAAACUAUAUAAUAUUGAACGUUAAAUUUAAAUACCAAUUAAUGAAAAUAAAAUGAAGAAAUAGUGUAAAUGUAAAAGGAAUAAUGAAGGUGUAGUGUUUACGAGAAAGAUACAAUAGUGGGCAGAGGAGAAUGUAGGUGAAAUAUACCAUUUAUGAUAAUGUGAAGAAGAUGUAUUUAAAAGAAAUAGCAUGAUGGAAAAACUUUA